AUGCUUGCCAAAUCCCUCCUCACCCUCCUCGCAGCGGCAUCCACCGCCCUCGCAACAACCGACACCCUCCACUUCCUCUACGCAACGGACUCCUACAGCGGGAUCCAAAACUCCGGACACGGGUACUCGACCGGCUUCACCAUCACCGACGACGACGGCAACACGCUCUACAACGUCGCCGAUCCCGCCGGCUACGCCCCCUGCAUGACCAACAGCGAGAAAUUCCAGAUGACUUCGGACUGCUGGUCCGGCACCUGGACCUUCGCCUGCGAGUCCAAGUUCGACGGGAGCCCCAAGCUCUGCAGCGCGUAUGAUCCCAGCGGAAACGCGCUCCCGGGCAAAGCAGAUGAGGAUCUCAGCUUUAUUGGCAUUGCGGCUGGGAUUGAUGGGACUUGCACGGGAGAUUUUACGAUUGCGGGGAAUACCUGUACGGCUGAUAGUUCGUUUACGAUUGUUAAGCAUUAUCGUGGGAACUAUCAGUCUGUUUAA